AUGUUACGGCAAGGGUUAGUCGUGUGCAUUUACGCAACUAUAGUUUUAGUAAAAUGUCAAGAAUCUCGUAUUGUUAACAUCCAUCAAGGACCCGUGAGAGGAUAUAAGUCUCAAGAUGGAAACUAUUUUGGCUUUUUUGGCAUACCCUUUGCCACCGCACCUAAAGGUGUCCAUAGGUUUAAGGCACCUCUUCCUCCACCAAGUUGGAAAGAACCACUAGAAGCAGUUAAUUUAAACGUAGCUUGCCCACAGAACGACCGAGACAUUCAGAACAUAUAUCUCAAAAGGCAAGAAGAUUGUUUAAUUGCAAAUAUAUAUGUGCCUGAAAGUAACGUCUCGAAUCUUCCAGUAUAUGUAAGUGUCCAUGGUGGAGCUUUCCAGUAUGGCUAUGGUGAAAUAAAAACGCCCGUAAAUUUAAUGAAAUCCAGGGAAAUUAUAGUUGUAUCAUUCAACUAUCGAGUUGGAGCUCUAGGAAUGCUUUGUCUUGGAACCGAGGAUGUACCUGGUAAUGCUGGAUUAAAAGAUCAAAUAGCAUUACUUCGAUGGGUGCAAAAGAAUAUCGCAGCAUUUGGAGGCAAUCCACACGAGGUCACCAUAGGAGGCUGCAGUGCUGGCGGAUCUUCCGUCGAUAUUUUAUCAGCUUCUAAACUAAUUAAGGGAUUAUUUAACAAAGUGAUAACACAAAGCGGUCCCAAUACCGCUUCAUACAGUGUGCAAGUAGACCCUAUAAGUAAUGCUAAAAUGAUCGCUCGACAACUAAAUUUUGAAAACGUAGACGACCUAGAAGCUUUGGAACAUUUUUAUAAAACAACACCCUUGUCAGUUUUAUCGUCUAUUCCUCUCUCCAAUAGAACUGAUUCGUCUGUUAUUUUCGCUCCGUGCGUUGAGCGGGAUGUUGGACAGGAAAUGGUGCUUCACGAUUAUCCAGCUAGAAUUUUAGCAAAAGGUGAUUACUUCAAAUUACCGAUGUUGUACGGAAUGACCAAUAUGGAAGGGAUUUACCGACUGCCAUUUUUCGAGAAGUGGAAGGAUUUAAUGAAUCAGAACUUCACAUUAUUUCUACCUGAUAAUUUGUUUUUUGAGAAUGAAAAAGAUAAAGCGGAGGUUAUUCGAAAAUUAAAAUACUUUUAUUUUGGAGAUGACCCGGUGUCAGAGAAAAACAUUAUGGGCUACGUGAAAUACAUCUCUGAUGUAAUGUUUUCAUAUGGAACUGCAUUGACUGUGAGAUUACACAACGAAGCGGGAAACGAAGAAGUAUACUUGUACGAAUAUUCAUUUGUAGAUAAGGACCAAGAUUAUAUUCCUUACACAGAACUACGUGGUGCUACUCAUUGUUCCCAAAAUGCUGCUUUUAUGGACUUAGGAGAUGAAAACGAUUUAUCUGAAGAAUAUAAGCAGAUGAAGUCCAUACUUAGGAAAAUGUGGUUGAAUUUUAUAAAAACCGGGAAACCGGUACCGGAGAAUUCUUCUUAUCCACAAUGGCCGCCCGUCAGUUCAGGAGCAUCUCCAUACAUGUCACUCAAUACUACACCUAGGCUAAUAAAGAAAGAUCUAUUAAAAGAUCGUUUUAAGCUGUGGGAUGAUAUUUAUAAAAAACACUUCAGACAUCCAAUUCCGCCCACGCCAUAGGUUUUAUUAAUAAAUUUGUUUAUUAUAU